AUGACAUCACAAAAACCAUCUGAAGAAAGUGAAUGGAAUAAUGAUAUUGAAAAAUAUACAACACAACUCAUCUUUCAUAAAGGUUCAGAAUCUGAUUUUCGUGAAAUGAUUUGGGAUCUCAAAUAUAAUAAAUAUAAAUAUACUAUCGAAGAACUUAAAAAAAUUCAACAAAUACAUAUUUUAGAUUUGGAUUUAUUACAAUUUAAAGAUCAACAGUCUGAAAUUGACAAUAAUAUAGAAAAGGAAGUAUCUGAACCUGAUUCUGAUGACAGUGAAUAUACUUCUCAACAAAAAAAGAGAAA